AGGGCAGCAGCAAAAGGGCCUUGCCUGACCUGCCCUUCUCCCUCCGCCUUGGCCUAGAGAGAGAAAGAGGAGAGAGAGAGGAACCCAGAGACGCAGAGAGAGAGAGGGGGAGCGCUCGGCCGGCGUCGAGCAGCCUCCACCUCCCCCCUCAGACCGCGCGCCCCUGGCAUUGAGCAAGCGCAAUGUACCAGCCAAAUCCGAGCAUUGGUCCGACUCAAAGCAAUCCUGCUCCUCAUGAUCAAAUGGGUCCAGGGGAUGGCGCUAUGGUCCCUCAUAAUGGAGGAAACAGCAACCCUAACAUGGCAGCAAGACAACGGUUACGGUGGACAAAUGAGCUGCAUGACCGCUUCGUGGAGGCUGUUACACAACUUGGCGGGCCAGAUAGAGCCACUCCAAAGGGAGUUCUUAGGAUUAUGGGUGUGCCAGGACUUACAAUAUACCAUGUGAAGAGUCACUUGCAGAAAUACCGUCUUGCAAAAUACAUUCCAGACCCUUCAACCGAUGACAACAAAGCUGAAAAGAAAGAUCCAGGGGAUUUGCUGGCAGCUCUUGAAGGUUCCUCUACGAUGCAGAUAUCUGAAGCCCUGAAACUGCAGAUGGAGGUCCAGAAGCGCUUGCAUGAACAAUUAGAGGUACAAAGGCAGCUGCAGCUGCGGAUUGAAGCACAAGGCAAGUAUCUUCAGAAGAUCAUCGAAGAGCAGCAACGGAUCAGUGGUGCUGGAGCUUCUAGAGACACAUCAAGUGAACAGUUGCCCGACUCCGAGAGAACUAACCCAUCAACCCCUGUGCCAACAUCGGAAUCUCCACUUCAGGCUGUACCAUUCAGCAAGGACAAUGGAAGCCGAGUUGAGCCCAUGGAGAGUGCCUCACAUGAUGAUCUUCCUCAUGGUGAACCCGUAACCCCCGACUCCAACUGUCGGCCUGGCUCUCCAACGCUCAGUCCAAAGCAUGAGCGCGCCGCCAAGAGGCAGAGGGGCAGCAGCGAUGGUACCCCAAUAGCUGAUGGUGACUUUGCCCUUCCACACCACAUCUUUGAGUCAAGUACGGACUCAGAGUUCCAGCAAUGUUCAAUGCCGUACUCCAGCCAUUAGCCUCUGGUGGUGUGUCCAAAGCUAUUUUUCUGGUGCAGUACAUGAUGUGGUUAACGUCUGUAGCCCGCUGGUAGAUUUUGGUCUCUUUUGACAGAAAUACCAUUAUUAGACAAAAGAGUUUAGAUGUUCAGAGGAGAUGGGUUGCACAUGGCAUGGAUGGUAGCUUUAACUCCCUAGUAUUAUAAUUAGAUGUUACCGUAAUGUAUCUGGUAUUUAAGUUCAGAUUCUUUUAGAAUGGGUCUGUAAUGUUCCAUGGCCGUUUAUGGUUCUUUGUUGCUUCCCUGUUAAGGCUGGGGCUCUUCUGAAAUUUACGGAUCCUGGCUGUUAUCAUCA